CUGGACGCCGAGAAGCUGACGCGCCCUCUCCUGGAGCCUGCAGGAACAGCAGAUGUGGAGAUCUGGAAACAUGGAGGAGUUUUCUUCUUCUGCAUCGACUGAAUGAACUCUGAACUUCCUGUUCUGGAAUCUGAAUCGUCUGGUGACCAGAGCAACGUGGCGUCAUGGCGUCUGCAGAACCUGUGCCAGAUGUUGUGGAACCGUUGAAGCGUUGUGGGAGCAACCCCCUGCUGCGUCCAGACAUGUCUGAGCAGAAGGAUGAAGGUUUAACUAUGGCUGUGAAACGCAAACCUCUGAACCUGGUUCUGUUUGGCUCAAGAGAACCACUGAAGACGGCAGCAGCCAUGGUCAUCCUAGGUCAGCCAGAUCUUCCUCCAGAGAGGCUCAGGAAGCAGGGAGAGGUGUUUGGACGUGGGGUUUCUCUGGUGCAGCUGCCUGCCUUGGAUGGAAAAGCUCAGCAGGAAGUGAUGGAGGAAUCCUUCAGGUGUGUCUCCCUCUGUGAUCCUGAGGGUGUCCACGCCUUCAUCCUGGUCCUGCCUGUGGGUCCCCUCACUGAUGAAGACAAGGGAGAGUUACACACCAUCCAGGACACAUUCAGCUCCAGAGUCAAUGACUUCACCACCAUCCUCUUCACUGUGGAGUCAGACCCUAAACAUCCAGCUGUUGGGAACUUUAUAAAGGAGAACGGACACAUCCAGGAUCUCCUCCAGAUCUGUGGAGGAAGAUAUUUAGUUCUGGACAUCAGAGACAGACGGCAGAUCCCAGAACUGAUGGAGACGCUGGAGACGAUUUGUGGUGAAACGUCCAGCGUUUUCUCAACAGACCUGUUCACCAAGGUGCUGAUUGAGAGGAUUUUAAAAGUUGAAGCAGAACUACAGGAUGUGAAACAGAAGAAUGAAGAUGAGCAACAGACAACAAAACAACUCAGGAAAGAGACAGAAGAAGUAAAGAAAAGGGAAGAAGAGCUGAAGAAGAAACACAGAGACGAUAUUAAAACUCUGCAAUCUCAACAUGAGCAGCAAAGAAAACAGCUGGAAGAAAAGGAUGAAAUAAUGGAGAGUGAAGGAAAGAAGAGAAAGAAGGAGCGUGAAGAAGAGGAAAAAAACUGGAGAAAACAGGAAGAACUGCAGCGAAAAGAGUGGAAACAAAAACUAGAUGCUUCAGAAAACCGAGUGAAAGUUGAGCGAGAGCAAAGAGAGGCGGCUGAGAAGAGGCUGGAUCAGUGCAGACGAGAGCGGAUCAGGGAGCGGGACGCUUGGGACAGAGAGAAGGCCGGCAUCCUGGAGCGAAUGCACCAGGACCUGAAGCAGAACCUGCAGGAGACCAGGCAGAACCUGGAGGAGGAGCGGGCCCGCAACAGGAAGCUGCAGGAGGACUUCUACCAGAAGAGGAGGAAGUGGACGUAUCUGGCCUUCGCUUUGCUGCUGACUCUAGUUUCAUUAUAUGUGUAUCAGAGCCAUUAGCUGUUGGACCCAAACCGGACCGAACAUCAAGACCCGGCUGGAGUCUGGCUCAUUUUAAUAUGAUAAUGAUGAUAUUGAUGAUGAUGAUGUUAAUGUGUCAUACAGAGUCAUCAGUAACUCUACGUUUAUACAUAAAAUGUACUCUAAUACAUAAACAAGCAGUUUUUGCAUUGAAUGUAACUAUAAUUCAUCUCCUUCCUGCUGACUGGUGCACAGCUGCACUGAUGAUGCAGAAUGUCAGCAGAACAUCACAUGUAUGUUCAUGACAUGGUAAUAUAAAUAUUUGUCUGAUUUUAGAUUUUCAGCAGUGAUGUGGUUCUGAUAAUAAGUACAGAAAACCCAAAAACAGUCAAUAUUUUGACUUUAAUGUUAUUAUGUCUGAAUCUGGAUUGUUUUUAUGAAUGUUUUGUCAUGAAAGCUCUGCUAUGAGUUCAGAUCACAUUCAGGAAAAACUAGAGGAUUUUAAUGAGUCUCUUAUUUCCUGUCAUUCAUGGUUUUGAGUUUUUUCCUCUAAAAUUUGUUGUUUUUCUGUUUGUUUCCUGCAGUGAGUUCAGGGUCAGUUUCAUGACCUGCACUCAGUUCUUCUAUAAUCAUGAUGUUCAGUUCAGUGAGUCUAUGAACACUUUCACCUUCAAAUAGAA